GCCCCGGGAACUCAGGGAGCGCUUCUGGUGGGCCGGCCGGAGCCCGCGGAAUCUGCGCACGCGCAUGGUUGCUCCGGGGCAAGCCGGUCAAGUACGGAACCUGGCGGUCGCCCGCGGGGUUGCCAUGGCAGCGGGGUCGCGGGCUAGCGCAUGGGAAGGCCCCGAGGCUGCUGGCGGCCAGGGAUGCCGGUGAAGCCCCAGACCUGGACGCCCGAGCCCGCAGCGCUGAGGGGCGACUGGGCAGCGCCGCCACCAUGUACCUGGGCACCGGGGAGCCAGCCUCGGAGACGGGAGAUGACAGUCUGUCUGCAGUCACCUUAGACUCUGACUUGGAGACGAGAGCAAAAAGGAAAGCUUUCCACAAACCUCCACCCACAUCGCCAAAGUCACCUUACCUCUCUAAGCCGAGAAAAGUGGCCUCCUGGAGGUCCCUCAGGACAACAGGGAGCAUGCCUCUGAGCGGUCGAGCGUCCCUGACCCCGCAGAAGCUGUGGCCAGGAACUGCAAAACCAGGAAGUCUGACCCCAGCCCUGAACUCGCACCUCACCUGGGAGCAUGUGUGGACCAGCGCCCCCGGCGGCACUUCUGACUAUCUGACAGAUGCCUUAAGAGUGAAGAGGCCACAUCUCAGGCGCUCUGCCAGCCACGGUCUUGUCCCUGGGACGCCUGUCUACAGAGAGAAAGAAGAUAUGUAUGAUGAGAUUAUUGAGUUAAAGAAGACAUUGCACGUGCAGAAAAGUGACGUGGACCUGAUGAGAACAAAGCUCCGGCGCCUGGAAGAGGAAAACAGCAGGAAGGACCGGCAGAUAGAGCAACUCCUGGAUCCCAGUCGAGGCACAGAUUUUGUUCGGACUCUGGCAGACAAAAGGCCCGAUGCCAGUUGGGUCAUUAACGGGCUGAAGCAGAGGAUCCUGAAGCUGGAGCAGCAGUGCAAGGAGAAGGACGGCACCAUCAGCAAACUCCAGACCGAUAUGAAGACAACCAACUUGGAAGAGAUGCGAAUCGCCAUGGAGACGUACUAUGAGGAGAUACAUCGUCUCCAGACUCUCUUGGCAAGUUCUGAAACCACUGGAAAGAAGCCCCUGGGGGAGAAGAAGACGGGCGCCAAAAGGCAGAAAAAGGUGGGCAAUGCCCUCCUGAGCUUGUCCCGGAGCGUUCAGGAGCUCACGGAGGAGAACCAGAGCCUGAAGGAGGACCUGGACCGAGUGCUGAGCACCUCCCCCACCAUCUCCAGAACACAGGGUUACGUGGAAUGGAGCAAGCCCCGGCUGCUGAGGCGCAUUGUGGAACUGGAGAAGAAACUAAGUGUGAUGGAGAGCUCAGAAUCACAUGCCAGAGAGCCAGUCAGAUCACACCUGCCAGCCCGCCCUGCAUCCAGCUCUGCACUGCACAGACAGCCACGAGAGGACCACCACAAGAACCACGAGUGUCUCCGAGGGGCUGUGAGAGACCUGAAGGAAGAGCGGACCGCCCUGCAGGAGCAGCUGCUGCAGAGAGAUUUGGAAGUAAAACAGCUCCUGCAGACGAAGGCCGACCUGGAGAAGGAGCUGGAGUGCGCCAGGGAGGGCGAGGAGGAGAGGAGAGAGCGAGAGAAGGCUUUGAGGGAGGAGAUUGAGACACUUACCAGCAAGCUCCAAGAACUGCAAAAAAAGAAGAAAGAAGAGCAGGAGGAUUGCCAGGAAGUUCCUUGUAAGGCUCAAGAGCUCCCAACUCCCACUCCCAGCCCCGGGCACUUGGAGCAAGACUGGCCGCUGGAUUCCAGUAAGGAGGGCCUCCUACCACCCCGCUCCUCAUGCUCUGAUGGGAGAAGAGACGCUGCCGCCAGGGUCCUGCAGGCCCAGUGGAAGAUGUACAAGCACAAGAAAAAAGAGGCUGUUCUGGAUGAGGUAGCUGUGGUGCUUCAGGCAGCUUUCAGGGGACAUCUGGUGCGGACAAAGCUCUUAGCAAGCAAAGCACAUCGCUCAGAGGCGCCCAGUGUGCCAGGCCUCCCAGACCAGAGCUCUCCCGUGCCCCAUGUUGCGAGCCCCAUCGCCCAGGCCGAUGGCAGCCCUGCACAGGAGGAGGCCAUCAUCAUCAUCCAGUCUGCUCUUCGGGCACACCUGGCCCGGGCCAGCCACAGCGCUACCAGUAAAAGAACCACCACCUCAGCUUCUGCUAAUAGGAGAUCGGCUUCAGCCACACACAGGGAUGCCUCCUUGCCACCCUUCCUCGCAGCUCCUGGUAAUUUCAUUCAUUUGGAUUAUGGCACGAGGGCAGCUGUUCUGAGGUCUAAGCCAAAGAGUAGCCGCCUCCAGAAAGCCUGGGCUGUGUUGGGACAGAAAGGAGGAGUGUCCCAUCUGGAGCUGCCUUGAACUAAGCAUCACCUUAUGCCAGGAAGGCCCCUGACAUGGCCUCCCUUGGCCCAGCUUGCUCCUUAUCCCUGGGACUGUAGAAGUCCUUGCUUUCUGUCCUCCUACUCUCAGCUCCAUCGGGACCAAGGCAGCUUCCUCCUUUGGGCCAGCAUUUCUCUCGUUUGUUCAUUUGUUAAGUAAAACUUUGUUAUUAUUUCCUUUUCUACUUUGUUAAAGCCCAAAGCCACUCAGUGAAGAAGUCCCUGGCACUGCAGGAUACCACACCCUCAUAUGAGGCCUCAUCCCUUCUCUGCCCAGAGCUGAUGGGGGAUGCCCCAGCAGGCCCCUGCCUUUCUCUGGCCAUCAGUCCCCUCAUGUGCAAAGUAGCGAACAGGCUAGACAGCUUGAAAGCCACUUUUUGUUUGUUUUUGUUUUUGAGACAGAGUCUCACUUUGUCACCAGGCUAGAGUGCAAUGGUGUGAUUCUCCUGCCUCAGCCUCCCAAGUAGCUGGGACUACAGGCAUGUACCACCAUGCUCGGCUAAUUUUUGUAUUUUUAGUAGAGACAGGGUUUCACCGUGUUGGCCAGGAUAGUCUCCAUCUUUUGACCUUGUGAUCCGCCCGCCUCAGCCUCCCAAAGUGUUGGGAUUACAGGCAUGAGCCACCACGCCCAGCCAAAAGCCCCUCUCCACCCCCAAAUUUCUGCUGCUCUGUGUGGACUUGAGAUUUCCUUCUUAUUCUGCAGUUAGAAACCCCUCACUGACACUUUUCUGUAAACAGAGGCUGAGUGCAGAGGCGUGGUGUUGAGACCAGAGGCUAUCAGGAGAUAGACAAGUGCAUCUUGAGAUUCUGUAACGAGUGUGGCAUGCAGGGCUGUCUUGCAUGCGAAGUGUCAGGCCAAGGGCUUUGCCGUGCGGAGUCCUUAGGUCUCCAGGGUGGAGUUGGGAAAGGACAGGGGAGGAGACAGGACAGCAAGAAAAACCACAAAGGAAGUGGCUCUUCUGAGCCCAAAGGGUGAGGGUGAGGAGGGCUAGUGGGCAAAGGAAGGAUGAGGCCUGUCCGGGACCAUGUGCCUUUGUUUCAGUGUCCCUGCAGGACAGGCCCAGGGAGCCGGCCCCUCAGCAUCACUCCAGUAAGUGUGGCGGGCAGAGGCCUCGCUUUCCCAAGGAGAUCCCUCCUGUGAUGACACAGAGGGAGUCAUGGGAAGAGGCCGAGCCUGGGCCUACAGCAGACCUGGAGGCCCCAGCGCCUUGCCUCCCCAGGGGGUCCCAUUAGGGGCUUUGUUUUAGAGAAUCUUGCACGAGCUGAGACUUACACCACAAUUUGUCCUGGAAAUCACCAUGUAUGAAAUUACAUUUUAUUCAUUUCAGUCAUUUCUUAACCUAGUUUCGUCAGAGCUAGAAAACUUUGAACUUUGAUAUUCUCUCCAAAACCUCCAUUUGUGAAGCUCAACAAAAAGAUGAGCAGCCCUGGGGUUUCAGAGAAAAUGUACAGACACGCAAAGCCUGAAAAGCCGCCGACCUUGCCUGUGACUCUCGGGCUCUGCAAAAUGCUGUGAAUUGUUCUCUAGGAGCCAGUUCUGCCGGCCUCACCAGACUGCGCGGGUGACCUUUAGCAGCUUUGAUCAGGGCUAAAGCCUGCGUUGAUGCUGCCCUUUUCUCUUGCUAAACACAAGUGAUUUUAAAGGGGCAGGUUCAUCGUCCUGUCUGAAAGCACCAUCACGGUGCCCCAGGGAUUCAGCUUUACCGACCUAAGGAAAUGUCUCCGUGAAAAGUAUAAAUCAAGCUUUUGUUUGAACUGAUUUUUUUUUUUUAAGAGAAAAAGGAAAUAGACUUGAAAGCUGUUUUUAAUUUCAUAAGGUUCCCUUUACAAUUCAAGAGAACAAAGACCAAAACCUGACUCAGCCACUUUCUAGCUGUGUACAUUUCUUUGCUCUUUCGCUUUGCUUUCUUUUUCACUCUGUCACCCAGGCUAGAGUGCAGUGGUGCCAUCAUGGCUCACUGCAGCCUUGACCUCCCAGCCCCAAGCGAUUCUUCUACCUCAGCUUCCCAAGUAACUGGGACUAGAGGCAUGCACCACCAUUUAGAGACAAGGUCCCCUAUGUUGCCCAGGCUGGUUUUGAACUCCUGGGCUAGAGUUAUAGGCCUGAGCCAUUGCACCUAGCCUCUAUCUGCAUAACUUCCAACGAUGAACUUUUAGACUCUGUCUCAGUUCUCACAACUAUAAAUCACACUACAGUGGAUAUAAUUAAUCUAAGAAUUAAAAUGCAAAAAGCAUGAUGUUUAGUACAUGGGAAACAGUAAAUGUUAGCUUCUUCAAAAUUAAAGUCUGCCUUCAGAAUGGGCUAAGUCAUCUCUUCAGAGCUCUUCACGAAGACAGAAUCUCAUUAUCUGACCCUGGUUCUCUGGCAUUCCCUGUGUUUUCAUCAUACCUAAGUGAGUCAGGUGCACACUAUCCCCAUUAAUGUCCUACAUCAGUGGUCCAGCUGUUUUUGGUUAAUAAUCAAUUUCUUUGAGAAUCUGAUAAAAAGCUAUGGGUCCCCUCUCUCCAAAGCUUAGUGGUACAAAAGAUGCUUAUAACUUGGGAGCUGAGGAGGAUCACAAACCCUGAGGAGACCCUGAAUGAAACCCAGGUACACCCCUCAUUCUAGACUGUCCUUCUGCCUUGAUGCAGUGCCCUGGAUGGGCUUCAGCUCCUCAUUAGAAGGCCUCUGGGCUCCUAAACACAUCUGUUUUACCUGGUUCAUGGUUUUGCGUGGGCGAUGGCCUUGGAGGAGCAAAGGCAGAGACUGUCGUCGUUGGAACAUUCGUGGUUGUUGGAACACUCGUCGUUGGAACAGUAGUGCUCGUUCUAACAGCUGAAACAGUCAUGACAGUCGGAGUAGUCGUGACCCUGGCUGGCGUGAGAAAUCAACGAGUGAGUGUGAAUCAAACAAGAAGAAACAAGAGCCUCAGGCUGGAACUGUACCCUAGCACACCAAUGACUGACUGUCCCUAGGUGAUAUUAUCUCCCCUGAACUCUCAAUCUUGGUCAUUGCCCAGCUAGAAUCUGUGACAGGGAAGGGCUUUGGAGACAUGCCCCUCCUUCCAAAGGAAGAGCAGAUGUAUUGAAAGGUGUAUAUGGCUGGGCGCGGUGGCUCACGCCUGUAAUCCCAGCACUUUGGGAGGCCAAGGCGGGUGGAUCAUGAGGUCAAGAGAUCGAGACCAUCCUUGUCAACAUGGUGAAACCCUGUCUCUACUAAAAAUACAAAAAAAUUAGCUGGGCAUGGUGGCUCGUGCCUGUAAUCCCAGCUACUCAGGAGAUGAGGUGGGAGAAUUGCCUGAACCCAGGAGGUGAAGAUUGCGGUGAGCUGAGAUUGCGCCAUUGCACUCCAGCCUGGGUAACGAGCGAAACUCCACCUCAAAAAAAAAAGAAAGGUGUAUAUUCAGCAAGUAAAAACAGACACCUCAUAUUUGCAUAGGAGCAGUUUUUUUGGGUCAGGGUCUGUCUCUGUCAUUUAGGCUGGACUGCACUGGCAUCAUCAGCAGCUCACUGUUGCCUCAAACACCCAGGCUCAAGCAAUCCUCCUGCGUCAGCUUUCCAAGUAGCUGGGACUACAUGCAGGCAUCACCACACCUGGCUAAUUAAAAAAAAAAACAAAAAACCCUUUUUUUAUAGAGGCUGGGUGUCGUGGCUCAUGCAUGUAAUCCUAGCACUUUGUGGGACCAAGGUGGGUGGAUUACUUCAGCUCAGGAGUUCAGAGUUCAAGCCCAGCCUGGGCAACAGGGCAAAACCCCAUCUCUACAAAAAAAUAGCUAGGUGUGGUGGCACAUGCCUGCAAUCCCAGCUUCUCGGGAAGAUGAGGCACAAGAACUGAUUGAACCCCAGAGAUCGAGGUUGCAGUGAGUUGAGAUCGAGCCACUGCACUCCAGCCUGGGAAAGAGAGUAAAAUCCUGUCUCAAAAAAAAAAAGAAAAAUUGACUUGAUCCUGCUCACCCUUAUAAGGGAAACAAUCCAAGUCGAAAAGUUAAGAGACUGGGGCUGUAGCCUUGUGACCAAAAAAAAAGCUAAGAGACUGCAAAUUAAAGUUCCUCUUAAUUAAAAUGAAAAUAGAGACAAAGUUUAUUAAGGUCAUAGGUAUUGGGUUCUAUUAUCAUUGUAAGACCUUAGUGAAAGGAGACUCAUUAAGAAAAAGCAAAAUCCAGGUGUGGUGGUUCACGCCUAUAAUUCCAGCACUUUGGGAAGCCGAGGUAGGCAGAUCAGAAGUUCGAGACCAGCCUGGUCUACACGGUGACACCUUGUCUCUACUAAAACUACAAAAAUUAGCCAGGCAUGGUGGUGGUGCCUGCAGCCCUAGCUACUCGGGAAGUCGAGGGAGAAAAAUCACUUGAACCCGAGAGGUGGAGGUUGCAGUGAGUCAAGAUCAUACUACUGCAGUCCAGUCUGGGCGACAGAAUGAAACUCCAUGUCAAAAAAAAAAAAAAAAAAAAAAUAGAAAAGAAAAAGCACCAGAAAUGAGGAAAUCCUCAAGAACCAACUUUCCUCAAAUGGUAAGAAAAAUUAGUAUAGCCACAUAAAGAUGAUAAAAUAGAAUGUUCCCAGAUUUUGGAUUUCAUGAACUUCUUAAAAACAACUGGCAAACAGAUGUUGGAACGGAAAUGGUUCCAUCUAAGGUCACGUUAAUUUUCAGAAAAGCAAUUUUUGUGACAUGAUGUGAGGCAUGCUUCAAAAAAUCCAAGUUUGGGCCAUGGGGAAGAUAAAACCGUAAGCUUAUAGAAUGUACGUGGUCAGCAAGAUUGAGCUGACAAUUGUUAAAGCUGUGAUGUAUCUACAAGCAGCAACUUAUAUUUCCUACCUUUUAUGUUUGAACUCCAUUAUAGUUUUAAAAUGUUAAAAAGGGACGUUUUAACAUUCUUCUACAACAUAUCUCAUUUAAAAAAAAAAGGACGGUUCCUAGGCCAGGUAUAGUAGUAGCUCAUGCCUGUAAUCCCAGCACUUUAGGAGGCCCAGCCUGCUGCCUGGGCAACAGAGUAAGACUUCAUCUCAAAAAACAAAGACAGUUCCUUAUUUUUUAAUUUUUUUUUGAGAUGGAAUUUUGUUCUCGUUGUCCAGGCUGGAGUUCAAUGGCACGAUCUUGGCUCACUGCAACCUCUGCCUCCUGGGUUCAAGCAAUUUCCUGUCUCAGCCUCCUGAGUAGCUGGGAUUACAGGCAUUCGCCAUCACACACAGCUAAUUUGGUAUUUUUUAGUAGAGAUGGGGUUUCUCUGUUUGGGCAGGCUGGUCUCAAACUCCGGAUCCCAGGUGAUUCACCUGCCUCAGCCUCCCAAAAUGCUGGGAUUACAAGCGUGAGCCACCCACUGUGCCUGGCCAGAACAGUUCUUUAAGGUGAAUAAAUAAAAGUCACUGCAUUUUACUAUGGAACAGUAAAUGCUAUUUCAUGGACCAACUACUAUGUUUGAAUUACAUUUGGCCCUCCAUAUUUGUGGGUUCUAUAUCCGUAGAUUCAACCAAGACUUUGGAUGGAAAUUGUAUGGGGGAAAAAGAAGGAUAUGUUGUCUGCUGUACUGAACAAGUAUAUACUUUUUUUUGCUUGUCAUUAUUUCCUAAAUAAUUCAGUAUAACAACCAAUUGCAUAGUAUUUACAUUGUAUUAGGUGUUAUAAGUAAUCUAGAGAUGAUUUAAAGCAUAUGGUACUAUGUGCAUAGUUUAGAUGCAAAUACUAUACCAUUUUAUAUAAGGGACUUGAGCAUCUGCAGAUUUUGGUAUUGAAGGGGUCCUGGAACCAAUUUCCCAUGGAUAUCAAGGGACAAGUGUACUGCUCUAAGAGACAGUUUGCUGAUUCUAGCCUGACCUUGAAUUAUGCUUGGUCUUGCAAUUUCAUCCACACAAAAGUUAUUCUAUUUCCCAAGAACAAGAGUUUAUUUAAAAACAGGAUUGGCCGGGCACGGUGGCUCACACCUGUAAUCCCAGCCCUUUGGGAGGCGGAGGCGGGUGGAUCACCUGAGGUCAGGAGUUCGAGACCAGUCUGACCAAUAUGGUGAAACCCCAUCUCUAAAAAAAAGAAAAAAAAAAUUUAUUUAAAAAAUAUAUAAAAAAGAACAACAGGAUUUAUGGCUAAUGCCCUUUUCGGCCUUAGCCCACCUGCACCCAGGUGAAUUAAAAAAAUUAAAAAAAAAAAACAGGAUUUAUAGGAACCUCCUGUUUCCCUAUUAAGAAAAAAGAAAAUUACUACCAAACAGAAAAUUCUAUUAACCAGCAAGAAAUAUUAAAGAAAAACUUACGUGGUAUAAUCUCCAAUGA